AUGUGGCAACCAGUUGCUCUUCCCUACAAAAGUGGCUCUCUGCCUCUACGCGCUCUACCUACUCCAGAUGAGAUCCGGGCAUGUCCCAAUAUUAUAUCGGACUUCGUUGACAAGGUCGUUGCUAUAAAUGAUGAGAUUGUUGUUAAAUUUGGUAGAAUUGUGUAUCCAUGGGAGGGACAGGCUUUAGUUUACCUCGAACAACACGCCCCUGAUGUUCCAGCUCCCCGACUGUACGCAAUGUACCGUGAUGCUGGGGAUUUCUUCCUGGUCAUGCAACGCGCUCCAGGUGUGCGACUGGACUCAAUUUGGUCGUCAUUGACUGAGUCCGACAAAGAUGACAUUGUCGCCAAAAUCCGCACGGCAGUUGAUACUUUGCGGCAGGCCAAGAGCCCAUGGCCUGAUGACUUUUAUGGAAGCUUGGAUGGCGGCAGUUGCCACUACCAUUUAUUCUGGUGUCGGAAGGGCAGUGGAAAGCACUUGGGGCCAUUCCAUGGUGAAGCUGCCUUUGCUGCAGGGCUCGCAGAGAAUCAUCGAGCUGCAACUGAAAGUGAUGGUCGGCCAGACUAUAAAACUCGCUUCUUUGAACUCGCCCUCCCUCGCUUACUUAAAGGACACCGGCCAACGUUAACACACGGGGACCUUCAGCCGAAGAACAUUGUGGUCGCGGAGAGAGGUCGCAAUUCUCGAGGAGAGCGAUCCUUUGACGUCACGCUUGUGGAUUGGGAAGCUUCUGGCUGGUAUCCUGACUUCUGGGAAUAUACCAGUGCGUUUUGCACGCCCCCAUUUCUCAACUGGAUGGAUGACUGGUGCUGGCGACUUCAUGAGUUUCUUCAGAUAUGGCCGGCCGAAUUGGGAAUAAUGCGUAUCAUGGAUAGAGAUUGGCUAAACUAG